AUGAGCGAAUGCACAAAAUUAUUAAAAUUAAGCGAUAGAGCAUUUUAUUAUUGUCAAAAGUUACAAUCAAUAAUAAUGCCACCUUGCAUCACAGCUCUUGGAAAAGGUUGUUUCGUUCGUACUACAUCUCUCAAAAGAAUUGAUUUUCCUGACUCUCUUGAAACCAUACCUGGUUGGGAUAGCAUUGAUUCAAGUGUGUUUCCUUGGUCCGGAGUUGAAGAGGUUUCAAUAGUUAAAAAUUCAAAUCUAACUAGUAUUGGUUCAGAUGCGUUUCAAUCUGCACAUUUAAAAUAUUUUACAAUUCCUUCGAAAUUGAGGGUGCUAGAUGGAUCAGUUCUCAUAGGUUGUCCAAUUAUUAGUAUUACUGUUGAUGAGAGAAACCCAUAUUUCAAAACAGACGGAACUUCUAUUUUUUCUGGAUCAGAUUUCUCAACACUUUUAUAUGUGAGCUCAGCCUUCGAAGGAACAUACAAUGUUCCAUCAUUUAUUAAAACAAUUGGAUAUUCUGCUUUGCGAAAUACGAAAGCAAAUAAAAUUGUUUUAACAUCAAAUGUAACAACACUUAAAAAUUGGUGCUUUGCUGGUACUAAAAUAACUGAAUUUGUUUUUCCGGAUCAAAUAACAUCAAUUGGAUCCUGGAUAUUUGGAUAUUGUGAUAAGUUAGUUUCAGUAACAUUAAAUGAAAAUAUGACAAAAAUUACUUCGAAUAUGUUUUCCUAUUGUUCUUCUCUGAAAAGCGUCAACAUUUCAUCAAAUUUGACAUCAAUAGGUGCUGAAGCUUUCUCUGGAUGCGUUUCACUUAAAUCAAUAACGCUUCCUAAAACAUUGACAGAGCUUGGUGAUGGAGCAUUCAGCAAUACUGGUGAAAUUAAAAUCACUUCUUUGAGUCCAUAUUUUUAUUCAGAAAACUUCCUUAUGUACAAAGACAAUAAAGAAACAUUGAUUUUAUACACAGGCUCAAAUACUGACAAUGAUAUUUCGAUUAUAAGUGACUGCAAAAGUAUUGGUGCUCUCACAUUUAAUAACAAAAAGCUUCGAGAUGUUACUUUCCAGAGCGAAGAUGCUGAAAUCAACAUCUCUAUUGGAAAUCAGGCCUUUCAAUCUUCUACUAUUAGAUCCAUUAUUUUCCCACCUGGAUUAAUAUCAAUCGGGAAAAAUGCAUUCGAAGGUUGUGGAUCUCUGAAGAAUGUUACAUUCAAAGGGAACAAAAUAAAAUCCAUUCCUAACUACUGUUUUAAUAACAACCAAAAUCUUGAACACAUCACACUCCCUUCAUCUAUUGAGAUUAUUGGUGAGUAUGCUUUCGCGAACUGCCCACUCAUUGGAGAUAUUGGCAUCUCAGGCAUGACCAACCUGAUUUCUAUUGGUGCAUAUGCAUUCUACUAUAGUGGUCUAAGUUCAGCGAAUCUUGCAAACAGUGGCUGCACAGUUGACAUCAAGUGCUUCAUGGGCUCAUCAAUCAGUGAACUCACAAUUAGCUCCUCUAUUCCUCAGCAGCUCUGUCAGUACUGUGUAUCUCUUGAAAAACUCACUCUGAAGAUUGGAGUUUCAGUGAUCGGUCCAUAUGCAUUUGAUGGCUGCACAUCUCUCCAAGGAUUCACAAUUCCUAGUACUCUUACAAGCAUCCAAAGUUUUGCAUUCCAGACCUGCACUUCUCUUUCCACUGUCUACAUGAGUGGCGAAUGCACCCUAUCUAGAGUUGAUGGUGGCUGUUUCUACGAAUGCUUCAGUCUCACAGAAAUCAUAUUGCCUCCAUCAGAUCAAAGAUAUCGUUUUGAGAACGGCGCACUCACAGACUACGAUCAAACCAAUCUCAUUGUCUUCCUUCCUUACAGUGGAGUCAAGAACUUCAUUGUUCCUAUGACGAUGAGAACGAUUGGUCAAUGUGCUUUCAUGGGCAGUCCAUCACUUAUCAGAGUUUUCUUCAACGGCAACAAUAUCCAGACUAUUGACUACCAAGCAUUCAAAGACUGCAAAAACCUCAAUCUCGUCUUCUUCUCAUCAUCCAGCAUCAAAACUAUCGGCGACCAAGCUUUUGAUGGCUGCAGUCUUCUUCGCAAGUGCGGUUCUUUCUCAGCUCCAUCAAAUGCUCAGAAGAUCAUCAUUGAGCAAGGUAAGAUUCCUUCGAUUGCAUUCCAAGAUGAUUGUGGUUUAAUGAUUUCAUGCAAAUAUAUCCAACAUCCCGAAAUUUCAUCCUCAUAUCUAUAUCCUUUCAUAUCUCUAUUCAUGUAA